AUGAUGAACGCCGCUAGAUUUAGUGUUCAUGGAGCAAAAUGUAUCCGACAAAAGAGACAUCUCAACUCCCAAACUCGAGAAGUUAAAAAACUAGGUGUUGUUGGGGCCGGCCAAAUGGGUCUAGGAAUAGCACUAGUUGCUGCAAAAGUAGCAAAAGUUUCAGUUACAUUAGUCGAUAACAAUAAAGCUUCCAUCGACAGAGGCUUGAAAUUUGCGGAAAAACUUCUUGCUAAGGAUAUCUCAAAACAACGUAUCAACCAAAAUCAAGCAGAUGAAAUAUUUUCUUUAAUUAAACCCACUCUCUGCAUGGACUUGCUUGCCGACGUUGACUUCGUGAUAGAAGCUGUUCCUGAGAUUCCCCAGCUCAAAUUCUCCAUUUUCGAAGCACUAGCACAAAUAUGCCAACCACAUGUAAUUUUAGCCACAAAUACAUCCUCAAUUUCAGUAACACGCCUAGCGGCAGCAACUAGCAAAGUUGGGGCCGAUACGAAUGUUCCUUCUCGUGUUAUUUCUACGCACUUCAUGAACCCAGUUCCCAUUCAGAAAGGUGUGGAGAUUAUCAGUGGUUUACAGACUAGCCAGGCUACCGUCGAAAGUGCUUUUCUCUUUUGUAGAAGCAUGGGAAAGAUACCGUCGCAGUCUCUAGAUUCCCCCGGGUUUUUAGCGAACCGAAUACUUAUGCCAUACAUUAAUGAAGCGAUUAUUUGUCUCGAGACUGGUGUAGGUAAUCGAGACGAUAUUGAUGCCAUUAUGAAAAAUGGGACAAACGUACCCAUGGGUCCUUUGCAACUAGCUGAUUUUAUCGGUAUUGAUACAUGUUUAGCAAUCAUGAAGGUACUACAUGAAGAGACGGGUGACUCAAAAUACCGACCCAGCGUACUACUCAAAAAAAUGGUCGCAGCUGGCUGGGUUGGCAAGAAAAGUGGUAAAGGGUAA